AGUUCUGAAGGCCUUCUUUCAACUUAAUCUUGUUACCUUACCUAAGGCUGUUACGAGGAAUACACGUGGCCAUUUAAUAUUCAACAUGUUACUAGUAAGUAUCAGGGAGUAUUUUUGCAGUGAAGGUAGAAAGACACUUCAAGCAGUAGAUUGGCUCACUAAAAAAGUGGAAGAGGAAAGAAAUGAAUUGAGAAUUUACAUUGAUAAAACUUAAGAAGCAGAGAAAAUAAGUAACAAAAGUAAGAAGACUUCCACAGGUUAAGAAAAUAGUAGGAAGAAACUAAGAACAAAGGCAGUCAGGGAAGUUCAAGCUCCUUAAAAUGCAUACUUGUUUUUGCUUCUACAUACAAAAAGAAUCUCUGGAAGAUAAAACUAACAGUGGUUGUCAGCUAUGCAGGGAGUUAAGAAGUGGGCAGAUGAGGGCCAGGGGUAAACUGAACACUACUUUUUACUGCAUACCUUUGAAUUCUUAACCAUGUAAUUCUAUUACCUAUUUUAAAAAUUAAAAGGUUUAAAUGUCCCUUAAAUUCAAUUAUUUGCUGCAACAGUUGAGAAACAAGAAAGCCAAAAAAAAGGAGGCUUUGGAACAAAGUACCAAGAGGCAAAGAAAAUUUAAAGUUGUAGCACUGAGAGGUCUAAGACAAUUCAAAGAGAGGAUGAUCCAGGAUGUUUGCAGGGACCAGCAGGAAAAAGUCAGUGUGAAAUGCAACACGGAUAACAUUAUUGGGGACCUCAAAAAGCUUAUGACAGCUCCAACCAGCACCAGCAGGAACAAGCGUAUCUUGAAAAUGUGAUACACAACUUUUAGGGCCUUGAGUUCUGGAGAUUAUGAAAUUCACAAUGGGAUGAAACCAGAACUUUACUAACAGAGAAUUAAUUCUCUCUCACUCCUAAAAUAAAAAGGGAAGGGAAUGACAAAAAAGUUUCUACAAGAGUAAAAAAGAUGACUAUCAGUUAGAAAAUAAGA